AUGGCUGCCUCAGACGUCACGGCCCUCGUCCUCGAUUCUCGCGUGGACUUGGAUGCGGCGGCGCAGGAUCAGAUUGUCCGUGCCCUGUUGCGGCAGCUCGAGGACUCCUCCGUAGAUGUACAAGGAAAUGCUGCGAAAUGUUUGUCCAAAUUCACCUCGCGCCUGACGGAGGAAAAUGUUGCAAGUGUGCUGACGCAGCUUGUCCGGUCGGCCCUCGACUCAAACAACCCCGUCCGGGACAUCUACGCUGCGUGCCUCAAAGGAGCAAUUGGAGAACUGCCUCAGGCUGCCGCAAGUGUGUUCGCCAUAAGUGUCCUCCCCGAGUUGACGCGCAGCUUGGCCAGCGCUGCCAGGCAGCCGCGAGGCGUGGAGGAAGAGGCGCUGGAGUUGCUGUCGGAAGCUCUGCGUCGCUUUCGCGACCGGAAAGGCAUCUGGAGCAGAGCCGGCUCCGACCUGCUCCUGGCCCUUCUCGAGAUUCUGCGAUCGCCGAUGUUCCCCGCCUCUGUGAAGAAGAAGGCAGCGACUGCGCUCGGCCCGUUCGCAGUGGUGCUUCCGGCGGUGUCUCGGCAGUCUCUCUUUCGCCGGCUGCUUGCAGAAGUGUCUUCGUCGGCUGCGUCUUUGCGUUUCUCCGCGCAAGCGAUCGGCCACGUGGUUCGCCACCUGGACGCCGCUUCGCUCGCGCCUUACGUGGACGAAAUGACGGCUCUGUUCUUCUCCUUGAUUACGAAGAAUGUGCCGCCGUGUGAAGAGCGAGAAAAAAAAGAAAACGACGCCGACGCCCGAAAGGGUACAGAACCAGGCGCCGUUCCGCCGGGAUUCGACGCUGCCGCGUACAGCUCCGACGCGCAGCACGAACUUGUCGAGCUAUGUCUAGGUGCUCUGGAAGCCUUUCUCCUCAGGUGCCCAGAGAAGAUGACUCCUUACUUAGAUCUCCUCGACAAUCUCCUUCACAGACUCCUCACCUACUUCCCGAACUGCUACUACACCGAAGACGCAGACACAGCGAUCGACGCAGAAGAGGCGUGCUUCGAAGACGACGCUCUCGGCUACGAAAGGGAUUUUGACUUCAACGACGACGACGAAGAUGAUGAUACGUCCUGGAGAGUCCGAAAAGGCGCAAUGAAGGUUCUCAAGACAGAGGUCCAGGCGUUUCCAGAGCGCCAGGACGUUUACUACGGAAAAUUCUUGCCUGUUCUUUUGCGGGCCGUGAACGGGCGAGACGAGACCCCUGAAGAAGCCUUGGAAACAGUCGACGAGAUGCUGCGAGCGACGCUGCGGUCGCGGGCCUUCGGACUCAACCCUGCGCCGUUUUCGCCUGCGUCCCCUGCCGGGGAAAAACGCGAGAGCCCCGAAGAGGAGCUGUCCGGCGAACGAGAGGGGCGAGAUGGACGACGUGCGCUGAAGAGAAUGAAAGUGACAGGAAAGCCUCUCGACCGCGCACUGCCCUCGAUCGUCUCGGCAGUGGCCCGGCGCUUGGCAGGCUCGAAGGCGACGACGCGCCUGGCCUCUCUGCGCCUCCUCCACGACGCGCUUUUCGCUGCGCCUGGAAGCGCACCUCGCUGCUUGGCCAGCUGCGCGCCUCUCCUCGUCGCCUGUCUGACCGACGCCGCGAACGGCUCGGCGGUGCGUCUCGCUGCGCUGCACGUCGUCGCCGCUUCGCUGCUCUCCGGCUUGGACUCGCGGGAUUCGUCCGGCUUUCCGCCGUCCCGUGUAGCGCCCUUUUCGAGGGAGCGCGGCAGCGUCCGCGGCGGCCGGCACUUUGGCGUGCUCGUCUCCACCUCGUUGGCCUCGGUUGCGUCGCUUCUCGGCGACGCCACGGGGGCCCGAAAUGCAGGCUUUCCUGCCGCGAGAGAAGGCAGCGAAGUCGUUCUGCAGAGCACCAAGGCCGGUCUCGUCGCGCUUCUCGAGCACCUCGUCGACCCGCGACUCGCCUCUCAAAUCUCCCCGCAGUUCUGCGCCGAAACGCCCGAGGGCGACGGCGCUGAGGGCGCCGACGCUAGGCUUCUCCGAGGAGCCUCGGAGAAGCCGAAGGCGCGGCGCAGCACGCACGGGAUGCUCGGCGGCUUCAGCCAUCCCCACAGCCUCCGGGGCGAAGGCGGGAAGACGCAGGCGGCGGAGACAAACGGAGACAGCGGCGAUGAAGUCGAAGAAGAGUGGGUCGCGCCACGCGACGGCUGGGCUGCGAAGAUCGACUUCCUUCUCGAAACACUCCCCGAAGUGCUCAAACUCACCCAAGAGGGACUCUUCGAAAUCACCGCACAGGCGCUCCUCGUCACGGGCUACGCGAUUGCUUUCCUUCGUGUGGCUAGCGACGCAGGGGCCGAGGGGAGCGGCGACGCUCGCAUCGCCGCCGUGCUUCCGGGCGUGGUCGUCCAGGCGCUGGCUGCACUUCGCGACUCCCUGCGGCGCACCGACAUUGAUCAAGAAGUGAAGCAGGCGUCUUUGAUUUCUUUCGGAUUCGUCGUGGCCGCCGGGGGCGGCUUCCCAGAGGCGCGAACACACCUCGGAGCCGCUUGGCCGCUCUUCACGGCCCGUCUGAAAAACGAAGUGACGAGACAAAAAGGAUUGGAGGCUCUGGAGGUUGUUCUCCUUUCGCGUUUCCGCGUCGACCUGUCCCCUUUCGCCAACGAGCUGGUUUCCGUUCUGGGCGCCUUCCUCUCCUUCCAACAGCCUCGCGGCGGCCGGCAGACGUGCUUGGAGAUUCUCUCUGCGCUUGCGCUUCUCUACGACAGCCACCUUUCUCGGGAGGUUCUUACCGCCAUGAUAAGUGAACUCGCCUUACAACUCACGCCGACAGAUCUGCCGUUCGCCGAGGGCUUCCUUCUUCUGCUUCGCAAUUCGCUGCGCAUGCAGCCGGCACUGACUGCUCGGCUUGUAUGCGAGCGCGUUCUGCCGUGCGUGCUCCUUCUCCUGCGGUCGCCUCUCGUCCAGGGUCCAGCCCUGACUGCUUCUCUCCACUGCGUCUUUGUCUCCCUUUCGCAUUUCGACGGCUUCGACAAAGAGCGCUUCUUCCAGGAACUGGGAGACUCUCGGGCGGCUCUGGCCGCUGCCACUGAGGCGGAGAAGACGCAUCUCACACGCGCCGAUCCGCGCUCUGGUCUGCAUGCGCCCUCCCUGACUGCCUUCGCUUCUCUUUCGCCUGCCGCGCUGACGGUCGUCUCGGCGCUGGCCCAGUGCCGUGCCGUGGUUGUCGCCGCCGCUGGGGAUUCGCAGUUCACGCAACUCAAAGUCGAGCAAGAGCUGGAGGUAAAGCGUCGCGCACGGGCACGGAAAAGAGGGAAGCGUGCGCGGAGGGGAAUCGCCCAGGAGAGAGACGCAAAGAAAAGAGACAGGGGAAAACGGACACGUCUUUGUUGGGUCGGCGAGAAGGGCUGGCAGCGGAGAGGUAGACGAGCUAAAGAGAAGGCGCUCCUUGGCAGUGCUACCGUCCAGGAACCAAUCGCGAGUCUUUUAUGA